AUGUCGGGCGUCGCAGCUCGCUUCCCGCUCCGACAUCAAUCGUUUAUCGGUGUCGAGCGCAAGAAUCCCAUCCACGCCUGGCCCAAUGCCUGGGAGCCAUACUUGACAGAGGUUUACUUGCUUGCGCAGAGUUGCAACUUGACGUUUGACGCUCCCACAGCUCCCUCGCCCGAGGAUGGAGAUGAGAAUCAACAUUUGCUCACGCAAAGCAACACAGCUCCCUCGCCCGAGGAUGGAGAUGAGAAUCAACAUUUGCUCACGCAAAGCAACACAGCUCCCUGCGAUUACGUCGACGAUGCUUCCGGCGCGACACCUCCCGCUACAUUGCCACCAACGGAGCCCUUGCAAACCUUCAGAAUAAUUGUUGCGCUGAUUACAGUUACUGGGGGUUAUUGUAGAAAACAAGAUGAGAAGUCGCAGCCAAGGAAAAAUACCAUCGUCGCCGGGGGCCCGACAAAGACUGACAGAGUGCCUAGAGGUGCUGGAGCGAACGUUGCUGCCAAAGAAGCUCAAGGUCGAUACUUUUGCUGCAUUGUUGCCGUGCGUCUCAAAAAGCUCAGUGAUGAUGAACUUCUUGGUGGUGUACGAGAAGAAAUCCCGUGGCUCUUGUUGGAUCAGGUACUCGACGCUCUGCGAGACGAGGAAACACGAGGGGUGCUGGAGGAAGCAUUCGACGACUGUACGGUACUGACAAUUGCACACCGCGAAGAAACUAUUCGUCGCGUGGAUUUUACGGUCGCGUUGGAUGACGGGGAGAUGGCGACCAUAGUUGCAGCCAGAUAG